UUCUUCCCUCCGCUACCGUUGCAGUUGCAGCCCAAAAAGCCUGAACCCGCCGAAAACCCUAAUCCUUCUCUCCGCCAGAGAGAGGAGAAAAAAAAAAUUCAUGGACCUCAACGCCAUGGAUGCCUACGAGGACGAUGGGUUCUGCCUCUCUGGGGACGCCUCCUGCGACCUCUGCGAGUCGAUCAUGACGAGGUACAAAAACUCCUCCCAGGAGGACCAUCAGCACCUCUGCGCAGUCGCUGGAGCCAUAUCCCAGGAGCUCCGAGAGCAAAAGCUGCCCCUUUCUCCUAUCUCCUACUUUGGCGCCGCCGUCUCCUCCCUCGAGCGGCUAGCAGGCGGUCCGUCGACCCUCCAGUCAGGCGACCCGGCGAUCGCCGCGCUCCUCAACCUUCUAUCAGUCUCCAUCUCUAGGAUUUCACCAGCUGUCCUCAAGAGCAAGGGGCUCUCUGUUGCUGAGGUUGUGGUUAGGGUACUGGGCUCCAGCUUGCAGUCGCCGGCGGCUGUGAAGGCCGGGCUGAAGUGCGUCUCCCAGCUCCUGGUGGCUGCCGAUAAAGUUGAUUGGGCGGGUAUGGCUCGGCCUUAUGGCUUCCUGCUCACUCAUGUAACCGAUCAAAGGCCUAAGGUCAGAAGGCAGGCCCAUGUGUCCCUUCGAAAUUGUUUACACGGCUUUCAUGGUUCAACCAUGAUCGCCCCUGCAAGCGAAGGAAUUGCAAACAUUUUUGAAAGGUCUCUUCUGCUUGCAAGUGGUUCAAAGUCAAGUGGUACAACUGCACCCGAUGGGACCAAAGGAGCUGUGGAAGUUCUGUAUAUAUUAAAUGCUCUCAAAGAUUGCGUUCCCCUAAUGUCAUCAAAAGCUUCAUCUAAUAUCGUUAAGUACUUCAAGACUCUUAUUGAACUAGGGCAACCAAUUGUUACCAGAAAUAUUAUGAAUAUUUUGUAUGCAAUAUGCACGAGUCCAACUUCAGAGGUUGUUGCUGAAGUGCUGCAAGAUCUUUUAUGCUCCUUGGCUUUGUCUGUUUCUGCUGAAGGGAAAUCAGCGGAAGAUAUAAUAUUCAGAUCGCGUGUUAUUCAUGUUGUCACAAAGAAAGUAUAUUCUCUUAAUAGAGAUGUUUGUGUGGUGAAGCUGCCAACCAUAUUCAACGCACUUGGAGAAGUAUUGGCCUGUAAGCAUGCAGAGGCUGUCUUCGCAGCCGUGGAUGCCCUAAAGGAUCUCAUUGAAACAUGUGUCGAUGAAGUCUUGAUCAAGCAGGGUGUUGGUCAGCUACAGAUGGAUAUGAACGGUGGCACAAGGAAGUCUGCUCCUACUACUAUAGAGAAAAUAUGUGCAUCUCUUGAGGGUUUCAUUGGUUAUCAGUACAUUGCAGUCUGGGACUUGUCACUUCAGAUUCUUUCAGUAAUGUUUGAUAAAUUAGGGGAAUCAUCAUUAUAUUUAAUGGAGGGGAUUGUGAAAAGCCUCGCCGAUAUCGAAAAGCUACCUGAUGAAGUUCUUUCUAAUAGAAAAGAGCUACACAAAUGUUUGGGAUCAGCUCUUCGUGCGAUGGGACCUGAGAAUUUCUUAAGCAUUCUUCCGCUUAAGUUCAAUGCAGAAGAUCCAUCUCAAGUUGAUGUAUGGUUGCUCCCUAUACUGAAGCAACACACUGUUGGUGGUCGAUUGAGCUUCUAUAUUCAUACGAUCUUGAAUUCAGCUUUAACACUGAAGCAAAAGUCUGAAAUGCUGGAGAAAGAUGGACGGGUUGUUUCAUCGAGGAACAUGGCAGGAUUGGUGUACUCCUUUUGGUCAUUACUGCCCAGCUUUUGCAACUAUCCAAUGGAUACUGCUCAUAGCUUUGGAAGCCUUGCAAAGCCAUUGCUAGAGGCACUUAAUAGGGAACCUGAAUUGCGUGGAUUAAUAUGCUCGAGCUUGCAGAUACUUAUCCAACAGAACAAGGCAGCAGCAUCUGGAAAUAUUAACCAUCUUGAUAGUGAGUUACAAGAAAUAAGUGUAUCUACACAGAGGGUUAGAAGUCAUUACACUCCAGAAGUUGCUGCUGGUAAUUUAGAGGUUUUGGGCUCCUUCUGCCAGAAUUUCUUGUCUGUCUUGUUCAAGAUAUUUGAGGAAUCACCAGAGGACGACGGUGGAUGGUUGCAGUCCACAAUCGGUGAAAUGGCUUCAAUAUCAGACAAGAAGGUAGUCAAACGCUUCUUCAAAGCAACUAUGGUGAAACUUCUGAAGGUAACACAGAAGGCUGGUGAACAGGGCCAAUCAACAGAAUCCAGCUCAAUGCAAAUCGAUGAUUCAGCUGGUAAUGAUGGUGCAGAUUUAGCAAGGGCCCGCUUGCUGGACUUGGGAGCGUCUCUUUUACCUGCUUUGGAUGCAGAAUCUGUUGAUUUAUUAUAUCUUGCAAUAAAGCCUGCCUUACAGGACAAAAGCAGCUUGGUACAAAAGAAGGCUUAUAAAGUUCUCUCAUUGAUCUUGCGGCAAUCGGAGGAGUUUCUUUUGAGGAAUGCAGAUGAGGUACUCAAACUGAUGAUACAAGUAUUACCUGACUGUCAUUUCUCUGCUAAACGGCACCGGCUGGAAAGUUUGUAUUCAUUAAUCGUCCACUUUUCAAAGGAUUCUUCAGAACAGAAGAGGAGAGACAUUAUCGGCUCCUUCCUUACUGAGAUAAUACUGUCUUUGAAAGAGACUAAUAAAAAAACCAGAAAUAGGGCUUAUGAUCUGCUUGUGAAAAUUGGACAUGCAUAUGGAGAUGCUGAACAUGGAGGCACAAGGGAUAAUCUUCUUCAGUUCUUCAACAUGGUUGUUGGAUGUCUGGGAGGUAAAACUCCACAGAUGAUCAGUGCAGCAGUAAAAGGCUUGGCUCGCUUGGCAUAUGAGUUCUCUGAUCUUGUUACUGCAGUUUCAAACUUGCUACCAUCUGUUUUCCUUCUCCUGCAGAGCAAGAACAGAGAAAUAAUUAAAGCUGAUCUGGGCUUGAUGAAGGUGCUGGUGGCCAAAUUACAAGCUGAUGGUUUGCAGGUGCACUUGAAAAGCAUGGUGGAGGGUCUGUUAAAUUGGAAAGAUGACACUAAGAACCAUUUUAAGGCCAAGGUUAAAUUCCUCCUGGAGAUGCUUGUGAGGAAAUGUGGUAUAGAUGCUGUUAGAGCUGUGAUGCCAGAAGAACAUAUGAAGCUUCUUAACAAUAUCAGGAAGACCAAAGAACGUAAAGAACGAAGCCAAGUAGCUAAGUCAGAGGAUGGAACAAAGUCUUUCCGUUCGAGAGCAACCACUGAAAGGCUAAGCAGGUGGAGUCACACUAAUAUAUUUUCCGACGUCGGAGAUGGAGAUGGUAGUGAUGAUGAGACCAUGGGGAGGACUGCUGCUAGCCGGCGCAGUAGCAAGGCUGCUUCUGGAGCCAUGUCAAAGACUGUAUUGUCAAGGUCUGGCAGAGCCCGUCGAUCGGGUAAAAUGUUGCCCCAAGAUUCUCUAGAUCGAUCGGAAAGUGAUGAUCCUCUUGACCUCCUAGACCAACAGAAGACCACAUCAGUUCUUAGAUCCUUGAAGAAUAGAAAACGUAAAGCAGAAUCCGAUGAUGAGCCAGAGUUCACAGCUGACGGGCGGUUAGUGAUACAGACUGAGGAUAAACCAAGGAAGCAGAAGGAACCUGAGGCUGGCUCUGAUGAUGAAAUGGAAGUCAAAAGUCAAAAGAGUAGACAGUCAUCUAAAUCAAAGUCAGCUCAAGCGAAACGGCAGAAGUCAAGCUCCGGUUGGGCGUAUACUGGGAGCGAAUAUGGUACCAGAAAAGCAGCUGGAGAUGUGAAGAAGAAAGACAGACUUGAACCUUAUGCAUACUGGCCGCUUGACCGUAAAAUGCUGAACCGCCGGGAAGAGAGAAAGUCUGCCGCAAGACGGGGCCUUGCUAGUGUGACCAAGUUGACGAAGAAGCUUGAAGGGAAGAGCCUUGCGAGCGCCCUGAAGGGCACCACCUUGCGACCGAAGAAAAAGAAAGGCCAGAAAGGCAAAACUGGAAAGAAAAGGUGAUCUGUUAUGGAUGUCUCGGUGGGUGUUGCCCGUCUUAGUUAAUGCCACUGUUCUUUUCUCCUUGCCGGAGCAGCCAUGGUUGAUACGACUGGUUUUUGUCCUUGCCGGAACCUGGUAGGUUGUUAUCGGUCGAAGGCAUUUUUUGUCAUUUUCAUGUAUAUUACUUAUUUAUUUGAUCUUUAUAAAGCUCGAGGCUUGUUCUUUUCUUUUGGAAAAACACUCAAAUUAGAAUGUUGCAGGCAGGUAAUCUGCAUAAAAUUUUUUGUGUUCGCAUGUCUUUUGUUCAGGUCUACUUUCAAUUUAGUGCUUGGUUCCAUGCC